AUGUCCGAUAAAAAUAACGAAAAUGAAUUUAUGUCAGACAAUCAACAAAAGGCAAAAGAAAAAAAAGAUUUAUGGCAAAAGUUAAACAUUGAUUUUAGACUUGACAAUUCAGUAUUUCCAGAUAAUAAAACAGUAUUUCCAGAUAAUAAAAUUUAUGGUACCAUCAACGUUACACCUAAGGAAGCUAGGGAUCUUAUUAAAGAAUUUGUACUAGCCGUUGAUAACUCGAAUCGAACUGUAUUUAAUAGUAAAUUUCGAUAUAUAUCGGCAUCUGGUUUUGAUCCAACAAAAAACAAUAUAUCGAUACAUAUUGAUGCUAUACCCCGAAGUCCAGAUUUAACGCGUAAACGAUCUAAUACUGAAUGUUUUUCGAUUAUGCGUCAAAUUUUUUCUUUCACGCCAACUGUAAACAUUGAAUGGCCAGAUUUAGGUUCAAAACCUAAUCUUAUUAUUCAAUGGUAUCAUCUUGGUGAUCCCGUAGUUAAACAAUAUGUUCUCGUUUUAGAUGAGAAAGAAGUUCGUUAUAUACGUGAUCCUUCAAUAGCUGAUGUAUAUAAAGUUUGUAUUAAUAAUUUGGAACCUGGUAGAGAGCCUACUAAGCAUACUAUUCAAAUCAUAGCAAAACUUAAUCAUGGAAAAGAACCAUAUCUAUCAGAUCUUAUUGAAGUUAUUGUGCCCAAUGUAAAGAGCGAGAAUAUUCAAGUUAUAACCAUUUCUGAAUUAGAAGAACAGAAAGAAGAUGAAGAAACAUCAUCACCAAAAGUGGCUAAUCAAUCUAAAGACAAACAGCCAAAACCUUGUAUGCCACAACAGCCUCAGACGAAACACAACCAACAAUCUGACACAAUAUUCACAAACCGUUCUUGCGGUUGUUCAAAACCACAUGAAGAAUUUCCUGGAAUAGAACAUUAUCUUGGAAUAAAUUACAACAGACUAUCAUCAUCAUCAUCACUUAUACAAAACACACCACCAAAUCAAAUUACAGUGGUGUUCGGUCGGGACAAAAGCACUGCACGUCCUAAUGUGAAAGAUAUUGAUAAUAAUAAUAAUUAUUGUAGACAUGAAAAACAAGACACGGAUCACAAUGAUGAUGAUGACAUUGUUACGGCUGGAAAUUCUUCCAAUAAAUAA